AUGUAUGACAACAGCCAAACACACCCAUACAACUUGAUGCUAGGGAUCUCUAUUAACAGAAAACCUGUUCAAGCUAUUGUUGACACGGCAGCCCAGAUAACAGUUAUCAGCCAAGCUUUCGCCAACACCUUCACCCCACCCUUAGUUCGUGGAGAAAAAGUAACCAUGAAGGGUGCAGGAAAUUCUGACUUUAUUGAGGCUAACUACUGUAAAAACAUUCAGAUUUGUAUUGGGAACACACAAGAAGACCCCAUCACCUGGACUGCCCUUAUAGCUGACAUAUCUGAUCCCGUCAUCUUAGGUCUGGAUUUUCUAAAGGCACAAAACGCUACCAUUGACCUUAAUGAAAUACAGAUAGUCCUUGGUGGCAAACGGAUAAAUGCAACUCUACUAGAUACAGGAGGUAAACAAGUUCAAAUAGCUAGAGUGAAAUUAAGUCAAAAAGUGAGAGUUGAACCAUUUUCCCCAGUGCAGGUUCUUGGCCAUUUGGACCAACACAUAGCUGGUACCUUGGUUUUCAAACCAUAUCAUAAUGUUAAGGGAUUGCUUUCACCACAUGCUUUAGUUGAUAACAGUGAUCAAGUGCCAGUCCUCUUGCGCAACUUGUCAACAAGACCAGUUAAACUUCAGAAAAAUGUAGUGAUUGGGACUGUUUCUGAAGUGGACCAAGUCGCCAAUGGUGGAAAACUACAAGACAACAACAAGACAAAUGAACAUUUUCCUGUCGAAUUACCAGACCACUUGAUAGACCUAGCAGAUAGAUCAACAAGAGAUCUAACCUCAGAGCAAAGUCAAAGUGUUAAACACCUUCUUUGGGAAUUCCAAGACAUUUUUUCUAAAGGAGACUUUGACUUGGGACUGUUCAAAGGGAACCAACACAAGAUAAACACUGGCAAUGCCCACCCGGUAAAAUCCAAAUUGAGACGCACACCACUGGGAUUCCAAACAGAGGAAGAGGACGAGGAAGAGGAGCAUCUGAAAAGUAUGCUGGACAAAGGUAUCAUCGUUCCAUCAGUUUCUGAGUGGUCGUCAGCACCGGUCCUGGUGCGGAAAAAAGAUGGGACUGUUAGGUAUUGUAUUGAUUUUAGGGGAGUUAAUAAAGUCACCAAGAAAGAUGCUUUCCCACUCCCGAACAUGGAGGAAUGUCUAGACACUCUUGGAAAAACAACUUUAUGA